AUGGAUCGUGGAUUUAGAAUAGUUGUGUUCUUUAUAGUUUUCUUUUAUAAAUUUUAUAACUCAAAAGUUCAAACUGCAUCGACAAUUAAAGCGGAUUUAGAAUGCGAAUUCCCGCCAAAAAUGGAGGAAGAUUUAACACACGUGAGAAGAAAAAGACUAACAACGGAGACUGGACUUGUCUGCUUAGAAGAUUAUCCGUACACCGUGUCAAUAAGAUUGCACGGCAAACACUGGUGCGGAGGAGCAAUUGUAGGGAAGCAGUGGAUUCUCACGGCGGCGCAGUGUUUUGAUUACGUAUCAAAAGAAGAAGUGACGGUGCGCAUGGGAUCCGUGUUCCGUGACUUCGGCGGCCGUAUCCUCGCGGUCACGAACGUCGAGAGACAUCCAGACUACAAGAUGGAUCAGUAUUAUCCUGAACAUAACCUUGCCAUGGUCAAGGUAAACGCCCCAAUCACGUACAACAACAGAAUACAAGCCGUAACUCUACCACUCGCUGAAACAUCUCUGCCAUUCAUGUUUGGCGAAACAAUAGUCACAGGAUAUGGAUCUGUUGUGACCGGUCAGAUCAGGGAAGGUGAGAAUCAAGAGCUAAGACGCAUGAUAGUGCACGAAGUUCCACGUGCAGAAUGCCGGUUGAUGUAUGGCAACGACUAUCAUCUGCAGCAUGACCACAUCUGUCUGCAGAGCGUCACUAGAGGGGUCGCCUUGUGCGCUGGCGACACUGGCGACCCAGCAGUGCAUUUCAGCGGCAUGAACCGUGCGGGCACGUUAUACGGUAUCGCUCUUUUCUCUGGCACAGAGGAGUGUGCUUACAAGUCUAAACCAGGAAUAUUCGCAAAGGUUUCCUUCAGCAGAACGUGGAUUGAGAAAAUACUAAUCGGCAAACCAGAGCCUUUUGAAAGCGCUGACAGCGGCGAAAAUGAAAUACCGCUAGAUAUUAUUAAUACAGAUUAA